UCCUCUUGAGUUCUUCACUUAUCCUUUUUUUUUUCUCCCGAAGCUCCAAAAAGGUGUAUCUUGAUUGCCAGAUUCAUGAUGUAUAUGUGCGUGAAUCAUGUUGAAAGCAACCAUUUUCCUGAAAUUGAUUGGACUUGAUGAACAUUUUCGUAUCUUUAGAAUUUACUAAUUUCGUUGGCUUCGUAAACUUGAUUCAGAGCAAGUGGCUCAUCUCAGCGAUUCUUAUUGUAUUCCUUCUCUGGAAGCAUGAUGCACUAGCUUUAUGGGCUUCUGUUGGGUCUGCACUCAACGCUACGCUCUCUGUUGUACUUAAGCAUUUACUAAACCAUGAAAGGCCGGUUUCCGGACUAAGAUCAGACCCGGGGAUGCCUUCUUCUCAUGCGCAGUCUAUAAGUUAUACCAUCACAUUUCUCGCUGUUUCAUUGGUGGAGAUGUUCGGAGUCGAUGCUUUUACAGUCGCACUGAGCGGUGUUUUUGCUAUAAACGGCUCUUAUUUUGCAUGGCUUCGGGUCUCCCAGCGUCUUCAUACAGUUAGCCAAGUGGUAGUGGGAGCAGUCGUGGGAUUCACGUUCGGGUUCCUCUGGUUCUGGUCAUGGAAUAGUUUUGUGCUCAACUUGUUCACAUCCUUCUUGUGGGCAAAAAUUGUUAUCAGUUUGGGUUCCUUUGUAUUUGUUGUUUCUUUUGUUUUUCACAGUUACCAGUCCUGGCUUAAUGAUACAUAGAAAAUUCAGAUGAAAUGUCUUUAACAUUAUUCUCAAUAGGAUCAUUGUUGAACUUGAUGCUCAUAAU